AUGUCGCAAGCCACUCGGCAGUAUGUCCAGGAUCCUGCAGAGUGCGGCUAUCCAAUGUACUUCUUCGACACCAGUAACAACGCAACGUUCUGGCACACCGAUGAUUUCCUCACAACUGGCUAUUAUGAGCAUCUCGCACUGGACUUUGAUCUUCUACAGGACAUCAAUCAAGACACGUUUAUUGAUGAAAAUGUUGGUGGGGUAUUUAGCAGGAAGUUUGGCGACAGUCCGACAGAUGCGGGGAAAAGCCAUGACAUUGUUGACGCCGAGUCUCCGCUGGACUCGCAGGAGUUUUUAGCUCCACGACAAGAAGAACCAGGUAUACAACAGCAAGCAGAAACAAACUGUGGCGGUCUUCUAACCGUCUCCAAUGAUUGUUUUAGUCGAAUCCUCCUUUUUUCCGAUAUUUUCGAGCUACAAUGCUCUGACCCAACAACCAUUUCAACAACAAUGUGA